GACGUCAAAUACACGCGCCGUCAGAAACGGGACCCUAACGUGGAGUUUAUUGGCUCGAAUGAGCGGUCUGUUUUUAUCAUAAUAAUUUCCUCUUUUUAACGAGAUAUGGAUGACGAGGAAGAGACCUACAGACUAUGGAAAAUUAGAAAAACUAUAAUGCAGCUGUGUCACGAUCGUGGUUAUUUGGUGACGCAGGAUGAACUGGACCAGACUCUCGAGGAGUUCAGAAGCCAGUUUGGAGACAAACCCAGCGAAGGUCGACCGCGGCGAACCGAUCUCACGGUCCUGGUCGCCCACAACGACGACCCCACCGACCAGAUGUUCGUGUUCUUCCCCGAGGAACCGAAGGUGGGCAUCAAGACCAUAAAGAUGUAUUGCCAGCGUAUGCAAGAAGAAAACAUCACCAGGGCCAUCAUUGUAGUCCAGAUGGGCAUGACGCCCUCCGCCAAACAGUCUCUGGUGGACAUGGCGCCUAAGUACAUACUCGAGCAGUUUCUUCAGCAGGAGCUUCUCAUCAACAUCACCGAGCACGAGCUUGUUCCAGAGCACAUAGUCAUGACCAAAGAGGAAGUGACAGAGUUGCUGGCACGGUAUAAACUAAAGGAAAGCCAGCUUCCCAGAAUUCAAGCCGGGGAUCCUGUUGCCCGUUACUUUGGCUUAAAGAGAGGCCAGGUUGUUAAGAUCAUCAGACCGAGUGAAACUGCUGGACGGUACAUCACAUACAGACUGGUCCAGUAAUGCUUAAGAUUUGAAACUUUCUCCAACUGCUGAAUGUGAAUUUUUUUUUUUUUUUUACUAAUAAAUGAUUUUGCUAUUCUGUCUC